AUGACGAUGAAGAAUGUGAAGAAGGAUAAGUUUCUAUCGAUACGGUUAGUGAGGUUUCUCAUGAGGGUUACCGGUUUCUGGCCCGCCGAGUCAGAAACCGAGAAACGAUUAUUAAAUGGAGUUUUGAGUUAUACAAUAUGUAUAAGUAGUAUAGCUUUGUGGAUAGAAGCAACCGAAGUAUAUCUAGGUAAAGGCGACUUUUAUUUCAAAAUUCUACAACACCGAUUGAGAAGUAUCCUCAUGAGAGUCGAACGGACCGGUACCGUAAGGUUAUUUAACGAGAAACAGAAACAGAAAGUAUACGAAAAGCUCAGAGAAUGCAUCAUAUUGCAUCACGAAUUGAUCUGGUACAGUGAAAAAAUGGAGCAAAUUUUCAUGUACUCGACUCUUUGCCAGCUAUUGGUGUCCGGUAUCAUGCUUUGCGUUGCGGGCUUUCAGGUGUUUUUGGCUCGAGGUACUCUGAUCAGACGACUGAUAUUCAUCGCUCAUACAAACGGUUGUUUCGUCCAACUGUUCGUGGUCACACUGACGGCGACUGACUUAAUCAAUGAGAGUCGCGCUGUCGGAGAUGCGGCGUACAACGCCAAUUGGCAGGUUCUAUCCCACGAGGAGAACAGGGGAGUCAGGACAGCUGUUCUGAUGAUUAUAAUGCGAUCAGCACGUGCUUGUUCCAUAUCCGCUGGCGGUUUCUUCCCGGUGUCUCUCGAGACGUUUAUGGCGGUAUUGAGCACAGCGGCGUCCUACUUUACUUUGCUUCGCAAAUUCCCUGUCACUAGUGGCUCGGCUAUUCGGAUGCACUUAAGGCCGUGGCGGCGUAAGAAAAUCACGAGGUUCGGUAUGACACGAAAUAAGGAGUACCGAUCGGUGAAUAUUACACGGCUCUUUAUGAAAGUAGUCGGACUCUGGUAUGUCGAGACACCGAAAGAAAGAUUGCUCUUGCGUGUCGUGUUCGGCUAUACUGUUUGGGCGAUCGUUUGGGCUAUUCUCGUCGAGGGCGUUGAUCUGUAUCACUGCAUAGGUGACUUUUACGCUGUCACAUCCAACUUAUGUGCAACGUUGCUCUUGAUAAUGAUACUAGUGAAAUUAGGUAGUUUCAUGUUCUAUCGUGACAUGAUAAUGGACUUGAUUCAUUUUGCUGAGAAGAAUUUUUGGGGUGUCACUUACGACGAGACUAGCGCGCAAAUUCUAGAAGAAUACGACAAACUAGGGAUGACUAUGAUCUACACUUUUACAUUUAUGGUUUACACCGCGACUUUUAAUUACAUCUUCGCACCUUUCUUUGAGCCUCAAGAAAAGAACGAAACAGAGAAAGUUUUACCUUUCAAACUGUGGAUCGACUUUCCGUAUCAUUCACCGUAUUACGAAAUUACUUACACUAUACAGUCACUUUCGACGAUGCAUUCGGGUAUCUGUACUUUUUGCUUUGAUAAUUUUGUAAGUACGUUCAACAUUCACGCGGCCGCGCAGCUGAAAAUCUUGGCUCAUAAAGUGGAAGUCAUUGCCGAACAUUGUAUCGGAGAUACGACGGACCAGAAACGUCCGUUGAAAACGGAUGUUGCAGUUCUGAUGUUCAAAAAAUUGCGAGACUGUGUGAAGCAGCACCUCACGCUCAUAUGUUACGUGCGUAACAUGCAACGCGUGUUCGCCAUUAUAUUACUCGGACAGUUGCUGCUUUCCAGUGUAGUCAUCUGCUUCGGUGGAUUUCAGUUCCUCGCGACAGAUGUGAUUAUCAGAAAGUGUAUUUUUGCCUUUCAUUUCGUGGGCGGUCUUAUCCAGCUGCUUAUUUAUACAUGGACGUGUAAUGAUAUAAUUGUGCAAAGCACAGCUAUCUCUGAUGCCGCUUACAAUUCUAAGUGGUAUCUUUUACCCGAUAACGAUCUAGGAAGGGCAGUAAAGAGAGGGUUAAUUACGAUUAUGAUUAGAGCACGUCGGCCAUGCAUAUUAACUGCUGGGAAUUUUACAGUUAUAUCCUUGGACACUUUUAUGGGGAUAUUGAGUACAGCGAUGUCGUAUUUUACGUUAUUACGACAAAUGAGUGAAGAUGAUGUAUAA